AAGAAGACAUGGACUUGGGUUAGCUCGCUGGUCAGAAAAGAAAAGAUAACCAAGAGUAUGGCGUCGAUGCUGACCUCGCUUCUUUGAUUCAACCAAGAAAUUAGGAUCUCUCUCUUUUCCUUAUCUUCUUCUUCUUCUUCCACCUAUACAUAUAUAAAUGGCCUCCGCUCCUCUACUUCACGCGCGUUGCGGUUACUCGCCGAGAUUCAGUUGCAGCAGUGCUCGUCGGAAUGGUGGUGGAGCUCUAGGUUCGUCGCCGUCGUCGUCUUCGUCGUCGUGUUGCUCUUCUUCGUAUUUGGCCUUCUCUUCCGGAGCGUAUAAUAGUUGGAGGAAUCAAGGACUGAGAGCUCACGCUAUGACGAGUCAGGGAGGUUUCGCUUCUUCCUCCAGAGGUGUUGCCAGUGCGGAGAAGAAGCCUGAUCAUCUUCUUGUACUUGUUCAUGGCAUAUUGGCUAGCCCGAGUGAUUGGACAUAUGUGGAAGUGGAGUUACGAAAGCGUCUAGGCAGGAACUUUUUAAUCUAUGCAAGUUCAUGUAACAUGUACACUAAAACUUUUACCGGGAUUGAUGGAGCUGGAAAGAGACUGGCAGAUGAAGUCAUGCAAGUUGUGCAAAAGACAGAUAGCCUGAAGAAAAUCUCAUUUUUAGCCCAUUCUCUGGGGGGUUUGUUUGCAAGAUACGCAAUAUCUGUUCUUUACAGACCCAAUGAUAUUCCCGAUUCAGCUCUUGUAAAUUCAAAAGAAACAUACCCUUUGAGACGAGGAAAGAUUGCCGGUUUGGAGCCAAUCAAUUUUGUAACAUUGGCGACCCCACAUCUUGGGGUGAGGGGGAAAAAGCAGCUACCAUUUCUUUUAGGCGUACCAUUUUUAGAAAAGUUGGCUGCACCAAUUGCUCCUAUUGUUGUUGGUCGAACUGGUAGUCAGCUGUUCCUCACUGAUGGUAAACCUGAAAGACCACCACUUCUGUUGAGAAUGGCAUCUGAUUGUGAAGAUGGAAAUUUUUUAUCAGCAUUGGGGUCGUUUAAAUCUCGGAUUCUUUAUGCUAAUGUAUCUUAUGAUCAUAUGGUUGGUUGGCGUACAUCAUCCAUUAGGAGAGAGACAGAAAUUUUGAAGCCUCCUCGACGGUCUUUGGUUGGCUACAAGCAUGUUGUAGAUGUAGAUUAUUGUCCCCCAGUUUCGUCUGACGGCCCCCAUUUUCCUCCUGAAGCAGCUAAGGCGAAGGAGGCAGCCCAAAGUAAACCCAACCAACAGAACACCUUGGAAUAUCAUGAAAUUGUUGAAGAUGAAAUGAUAGGAGGCUUACAACAGUUGGGAUGGAAAAAAGUUGAUGUCAGCUUUCAUUCUGCAGCUUGGCCCUUCUUUGCCCACAACAACAUUCAUGUGAAAAAUGAAUGGCUUCACAAUGCUGGUGCUGGAGUGGUUGCACACGUUGCUGACACUCUAAAGCAACAAGAAUCGUCCUCCACACUGACCGCCAGCUUAUAGGUAUAAUAUGUAUGUAAGUGCAGUGAUAAUGAUAGCAUGUAGAGAAACAUCAAAGUAAUGAGAUUAGUCAAUGAAUAAUAUUGUUGGUCGCUGUUGCAUCCUUUUACCUU